GUGUAUCUGCAGACUACAAGCUUGGCGCUGUACACCGGCUCCUUUGAAGUUGUGAUGGCUAAACUGGCUGCACCGGUAAUCGUCGCCGCUGUACUCUUGGGGUCAGCAGUCGGAGAGAAGCAAUGUGACGUUUACGAGACCGAUGCCUUUGAGGUGAUUCGUAGACUGCCUCACACUUAUGCAGCAUUUUCGACAGUCGAUGUAGACUCGUCACUUUUGUGCACGACGGCUGACCUGACGUACUACAACGAGGAAGAGGGAAAAUUGCAAUACACCUUACGUACACCUGGCGUCGGAGGAGCAGAAAAGACAGAGUCUACUUUGAACUACAGCAAAACCAAGACUCCAUACCUGCUCACUCUGGUAGUAAACAAUGAUACCGCUAACCCAUCUACAGCCGAGAGCUUAUACAGUGACUUCGAAACAUGCUCGGUCUUCAAGAUAUAUGGUGAACAAAAUAAAUGCAUCAUGUGGGUGGCAAGAGGCUCAGAAGACGAAAUACCCGAUCUAUGUCUUCGCCAGUUUAAUUGUGGUUGUGGUCCUGCGGUCCCCCUUUAUAUCAAACACAUUUGCAAGAGUGCCGGAGAACGUAAAUAAAACAAAGACAUGUGCACGGCAUUGGCAAAUAAAACGGCGUGCUUGUCUAAA